CCCAGUACUGAAGCGCUAUGGCGACUUUCUUGUCAGUUUCCUAAUUAUUGCCUUUUUUAUAUGUUUUACACAUAUUUUGUAAGUCAGUGUGUAGUAAAUAGGUACAGUGCAUGUCAGUUUACAAUGUGAGGGUGGAAAUUAGUUGAUAUCGAAUUGGUCGACGUUUAUACGAAAGCAGUGAAUAAGGAGAAAUAGAACCAGUAUUGAGAAAAUAAACAGGCGAAUACGAAGCAUCCUAGCAUUGGAUUUGAUGCCUUGUUCGAGAAUUUCUAUUACCUACGUGAUGUCUGGAGACAUUUGCUAACCCGAGCGAUACACAGUCAGAUAACACGCGAACGAGAGGUUCGCUUGAAGGACUGGCGGAAGGACGUCGGGGGCAAUGCUACCAAAUGUUUCACAAUGUACACCGACCCAUGUGGAACGCUGCAACGGUGGUAUUAAGUGUGCAGUGAUCACGGGAGACCGAGGGAAGACGGGAAAGAGGGUGGUCAAUAUGACUCCUAUCUUCCUCGUCCUGUUGGUGGCUAUCGACCCGAUUAUCGCGCAGAAUGGUGGGAACAUCAGCGACUCGCAGUACAUCACAUACAUGACAAGUCCGCCGACGAUCCUGGUGAGGCCGCAAUCGCAGCAGGUGAAGGCGGGAGGAAUAGCCAGCUUCUACUGCACGGCGGAGGGUGCGCCGCCUCCUCAAAUCCACUGGCGGAAAAACGGAAAACGAGUUUCCCAGUCUCAGUCACGGUACCUGGUGCACAACUACGAGAACGGAGCAUUGCUGCGGAUCGAGCCGGUGAGGCCGAUCCGCGACAACACGCUGUACGAGUGUCUGGCGGAGAAUGGAGUCGGCGACGCCGUGUCAGCGGAGGCGCAGCUCCGGGUCUACGAAGUAUCGGAUGACGAUGACAGCACGAUCCUUGGCACCGAAGUUGGUUCGGUAAAUGGAGUCUCAGCCGCGUAA